AUGGCGACUAUUCUAGUGCUUUUUCUUCUAAUAUUUAUUAGCAAAACAAUCUUUGCUGAUCUAUAUCCAAUCGUUUUAUUCAAUGAUGAUACAAAUAUUCUACAAAAGAAUACUUGCUACAUGGCAAAUGUAGAAAAUACAAAUAAUCAUUGGUGUGAAUUAGUUACACCAGGAUUUAUCUUACCAACGAAUAGAAUAUGCGUGUCAAGAAAUAAAAGUUUACCAAAUCUUGAUGAUCGAACAAUAGUUAGCGACUGGAUUGAUGAAAUAAUAACUACAACUAAUUGCUCGUAUUUUCUUUCAUCAUCAAUGACAACAUCUCAAAAACGUAUUUUAACAAUUAUUGAAUUAAUUUUAUUAGUUAUUCUUUUUUUACCAUUUCUUAUUGAGUUAUGUUUAACUAUGAUUCAAUAUUUUAUUUAUUAA